UUGCGCCGCUCCGCCGCUCGUGCUGACGAUGGGAGACGUUUUCUGCGAAGAGCUCGAGGAUUUAGUUCAUUUCUCAGUACAUGACUUGCCGGCAAGGGGCUAUGUCGUCAUGGAGGAGAUCCGACGUCAGGGGAAACUCUGUGACGUCACGCUCAAGGUCGGGGAUCAUAAAUUCAGCGCUCACCGGAUCAUCUUGGCGGCCUCCAUUCCGUACUUUCACGCCAUGUUCACCAACGACAUGGUGGAGUGUAAACAGGACGAGAUCCUGAUGCAGGGCAUGGACCCCAGUGCUCUGGAGGCUCUGAUAAACUUUGCAUACAGCGGCCAUGUAGCGAUCGACCAGCAGAACGUCCAGUCUCUUCUGAUUGGCUCGAGUUUCCUGCAGCUGCAGAACGUUAAAGACGCCUGCUGCUCCUUCCUCCAGGAGAGGUUACAUCCCAAGAACUGUCUGGGCGUGCGUCAGUUUGCAGAGACCAUGAUGUGCACGACUCUGUACGACUCGGCCAGCAGCUUCCUCCACCAGCACUUUGUGGAGGUCUCUCUGUCAGAGGAGUUCCUGGGUCUGAGGACGGAGGAGGUGCUGGAGCUGGUGGGCUGUGACGAGCUCAACGUGAAAGCAGAGGAACAGGUGUUUGAGGCUGUGCUGGCCUGGGUUCAUCAUGACCGGGACCAGAGGGAGUCCCUGCUGCCGGAGCUGCUGUCCAAGAUCAGACUUCCUCUGUGUCGACCACAGUUCCUGUCAGACCGAGUCCAGCAGGACGAGCUGGUUCGCUGCUGCCACAAGUGCAGAGAUCUGGUGGAUGAAGCCAAAGAUUUCCACCUGAUGCCAGAGCGGCGUCCUCACCUGCCCACCUUUAAGACCAGACAGAGGUGCUGCACGUCCAUCACAGGUCUCAUCUACGCUGUGGGAGGGCUCAACAGCUCAGGUGACUCAUUAAACGUAGUCGAAGUUUUCGAUCCGAUCGGGAACUUCUGGGAGCGCUGUCAGCCAAUGAGGACGGCUCGCAGCAGAGUGGGCGUGGCCGUCAUUAACGGGCUGCUGUACGCCAUCGGUGGAUAUGAUGGCCAAUCACGGCUGAGCACGGUGGAGGUUUACAACCCAGAGACAGACAGCUGGACACGGGUGUCAAGCAUGAACAGCCAGCGCAGCGCCAUGGGAACGGUCGUGAUUGACGGACAUAUCUACGUGUGCGGCGGCUACGAUGGGAAGUCGUCUCUGAACUCAGUGGAGUGUUACUCUCCAGAGACCGACAGGUGGACGGUGGUGACGGAGAUGAGCGCCAGUCGCAGCGCUGCAGGUGUGACGGUGUUUGACGGACGCAUCUUUGUCUCAGGCGGCCAUGACGGUUUACAGAUCUUCAACACGGUGGAGUACUACAACCACCACACCAACCGGUGGCACCAGGCGGCGGCGAUGCUGAACAAGCGUUGUCGUCACGGGGCAGCGUCUCUGGGCAGUCACAUGUACGUGGCGGGGGGGUACGACGGCUCGGGGUUCCUGAGCGGCGCGGAGGUGUUCAGCUCGGGCUCGGGGCAGUGGAGCCUCCUGGUGCCGAUGAACACGCGGCGCAGCCGGGUGUCUCUGGUGUCCACGUCGGGGCGUCUGUACGCCGUGGGUGGGUACGAUGGACAGUCCAACCUCAGCUCGGUGGAGAUGUACAAUCCCGACACCAACCGCUGGAUCUUCAUGGCCCCCAUGGUCUGCCACGAGGGGGGGGUCGGGGUCGGCUGCAUCCCCCUGCAGCCCGCCUAAAGUGGCCCUUUGGAGGCUAGGCAUCGACGUGUUACUGCUGGCUGCAGGCGGGGAGGAGGUGGGGGCGGCGCCCUCCGGUGGCGUUCACUGAGCUUCAUUGGUACGACGGCUGGGCUCAGAUCUGCACACUGACGCCAGGCCUGUGGGAUUAUGGGUAAAACUGUAGAGCUAGCCCGCACAGGCUAGCUGCUAGCAUUGUGCUAUUAGCGCAUUUGUGGACCAAGUAACUAUAAAUAUUGAUUUUAUACUUGUUUGAAAGAAAGCUGCUGAUUGAGACAGGAUGACCACUCUGAUCGGUUUUCUGGGACCACGUUCACUGGACUGUUAUUACUAAUCUGUAAUCAAAGAGAGUGAUUGACAGCUGCAGACACGUGAAGAAGAAAAAAAAUUAUAUCUUUAUUAAAGUUUGAAUUCUCCUCGGGGGGGGGGGUCCGGGUCCCCUCCUCCUCCAGAAUAAAGCUCCAGAGAAACAGAGCUUCAUAGAGAAUCCUCCUGGUUUUACGUUUCCUUCAGUAUCACAGUAAAACAGGGACAGGAGCUGAUCACAGAUGAUUUGUUAUUUAAAACAGAUGAGCUUGUUCUGCUUUAUCUGUGUGUUUGUUGGUGUCAUGUUUCCAGAAUGACUGAUGUUAAAAUCAGAAAUCAGUGUGAACGGAGCUUCAGACAGAUGAUUAUUUAUUUCAUAGUUUCUUAAAAAUUUUUUUAAUAUUGAACAGUUUGAAGCUUCAUGAGUCGUCAAUUAAAACUCAUAAAUGAAUCCUGGACAUGUUGUGUCGUUGCUGAGACUGGAGAGAUCCACGUAAAUAAGUCAGUUUCAUGUUGUAAUGUUAAUACAUUUUAAUAAAUGAUGAUAAAAGUGAGAGAAAUUGUCAUCAAACCUUUUUAAUCAAUUGUAAAACAUUUUAUUAACGUUGACUCAAAUAGCUUUAUAUAUAAAACUGUGGUCAGUCAUUAUCAGGUGUUAGCUUCACCUUAGGUCAACAGGGCUUUUACUGUGAAAAUCACAGGCCAGGUUUCCAUGUCCUGUUUUGGGCUAGCUUAGGUAUGCUAGAGGUUAGCCUAGCAUUGCUAAUAGCCAGUUAUGUCAAUUACAUAUUCACUAGGUUGCCGAGGUUGGUCGAAUGUCUAGCAUAGCUUAGCGUGACUAAUGGCGCAAAGCUCUCGUUCCCCGGCUCGUCAUUGGUCAGAUCAGUGGUCUUAAAUUUGUCCUUCACCCUGCACCAUAACUUUCAGCUGGAUUUCAUGGUUUUCCUGAGGGUCAGUUGUCAUGGAGACAGUUCUUAUUAUUUGACUAGCUCCAUCUGCUGAUGAAAGCCAUGAGAUGCGGCUGAAAGCUUUUAACAAGUUUUAUAUAUGAAUUCAAUGAAAAUGAAUGUGAUGAAUUUAUAAUAAAAGUAAACAGUUGAAGUUGAUACAUGAACGUUUUAAUGACUAUGUGACAUUGAAGCACUGAUUAUAUUCAUCUGGUCUCUCCAGCCUCCUCAGUCAUCAUCAGUCAUCUGUAGUUUUAUUUUUAUUGAUUAAUUUAUGAUUUUUUUUAAUUUGUUUUCCUUCCUGAGACAUUUGUGGAUCAUUAAAG